AUGUCUUGGAAACUACAAGCGUUUGAAAGCAAACACCUUCCUGCCUCUUCCACAGCUUCGAUCUGCAACGCAUGGCGAUACUGCAUUUACACUUCGCUGGGUGGCACGGAGAUCGGCACCAUCGAGCCUGAGAUGGUGGGCUGGUGGUCGACGGAGGAGUUUGCUAGUAAGGUUGACUAG